AUGCGCAGAAUCAAGAGUAAGCACCGGUGUCCGCAGCAGAAGUUAUCCUUCCAUGCGCGACUCCUGGGCGGAGUCGAAAGGAGUUUCAGACCAGCUGUGGCCUACAUUAAAUGGGUGGACAAUCCCCUGUCAAACUUGGAAGUUUUUAUAAAUGUGAUAAAAUGUGCCUUUGGCACAGGUUGCUUGGCCAUGCCUCGUGCCUUUCACAAUACGGGUUGGCUUACUGGCCUAGUCAGCACUUUUCUAGUCAGUUUUCUGGUAGUUUACGCCAUGAAUGUUUUGCUUGAACAUAUUCAUCAUUUGGGAAAAAUCCAUGGAAACCCCUAUUUGAGUUACCGGAAAACCUUGGAAUUCGCUGUAAACCAAGGUCCUCGAUGUCUUCAGUUCGCUGCCAAGCCCUUGGGCUUUCUAGCUGACUUUCUUCUGGGUACCUACCACUUCGGAGUGCUCUGUGUAUAUGUGAUUUUUGUGGCCAAGAGCAUGAAGUACUUGCUGGAUCUGCAUUAUUGGCUUUUGGAUGAAAGGCUGUACAUGGCUCUUCUCACCUUUCCGUUGGUGUUGACUUUUCUGGUUCCCAACCUCAAGUUCUUGGUUCCAUUCGCCCUGAUAGCCAAUAUUCUAAUGUUCUUUGGCUAUGUCAUAAUUUUGUGUUACCUAGUUAGGGAUCUUCCCGACUUUGCAGACAUCCCUGCUACUCGGCCGCUGAAAACGUGGCCUUUGUUUUUUGGCACAGUUCUUUUUGCUAUCGAAUCUGUUGGAGUGAUACUUGCUUUGGAGCGUAACAUGCGAACACCUGAGCGUUACCUGGGUCCUUGUGGAAUCCUUAAUCAAGCCAUGGCUUUGGUGGUCAUUUUCUAUGCAGCCUUUGGCUUCCUUGGAUAUUGGCGCUUUGGUCAAAAUACCUCCAAUUCCAUAUUACAGGAUCUACCCACCAGUGAUACCCUUGUCCAGCUAGUAUCAGGAUUGUUUGCUCUGGGAAUAUUUUUUAGCUACGCCCUACAGGGCUCUGUGACGGUAGACAUCAUUUGGAAGGGCUAUUUGGAGCCAAACUUAGAAGAAGGCUCCGGUAGGAUAACCGAAAUGCUUGUACGGAUCGCCCUGGUCAUUGCCUCGGUUCUGGUGGCUAUUGAGUAUCCGGAUUUCGGCCUGAUACUCUCCCUUACCGGAUCCUUUUGCCUGGCACAACUGGGUCUAAUCUUUCCCGGAAUCGUGGACUUCUGCGUCAGCUACGUCGAAGGAUAUGGACCGGGGAAUGUCCGGCUCGUUCGUUCAUUUACUUUUAUUUUCAUGGGAUUCGCAGGCGGUGUGGCCGGUACAGUAGCCACUCUGCAAGCCCUAAAUCUAAAGUAUCCCUUUUUGCGCUUUUAGUUUGUUGCUUUGCAACGAAUGU